CUCGAGCCAUAUUGGUCAUGGUACGGCGGCGCGCGGGACCCCCAUGGAGCCCGUACCCGCUCCAGCCGCUGGCCCCCUGGCCUCAUGCCUCGGCUGCGUCGUGGGGGCGGGGCCGCCCCGCCAGGGCUCUGGGAGCGGUGCCGCGGCCCCCGGAGGCGAGGGCGCCCCGCCAGACGGUGCGCCCGCCGCGGCGAGCGCCUCGCCCCAGUGGUUGGCCCGCCUCGGUGCAGGCGGCCCCAGUAACGGCUUGGCGGUGGGCCUGGAGGAGCCAAAGGAUAAUGAAGUCGGCGGGUCUUGGACAUCUACGCCGCGGGCGAGCGAACAGGAGUCGUCAUCCAGCACGGCAUCGCCAUCAGGUGUGGCGGGGACCGAGAGCGAGAAGAUCCUGGGGGCACUCGUGGGGGGGAACGCGUCUGGGAGCAGCCCAGCGUCCGAUUCGAGUCGCAGGCUUGUCAAGCAGCUGAGCACCACGAUGCGGAGCUUCUUGUGGAGCAAGGGCCACAGGAAUCUUCUGAUACGAGGUAUCACCUCCUUCUGUCAGGCCAUGGCUACAUUGGUGCUGGUGGUGGAAGCGGUCGACAUGCCUCACAAACCGUUCCUGAUGGUGUUCCAGCUGGUGGCCUCUGCGAGCCUGAUCUGUCAGUGGCGCACGGCCGACCCUCGGAUGUUUGUUGUUCGUGGUUGCGCCAGCUGGGCGCAAGCCUCUUUGUUUCUUCACUCGAUUCCAUGCGGUCGGUCGUGGAUCUGGGAUCACUGCGCCACCGAAACUUGGUCGACCAGUAUGCGUAUGUUUCGGAUUAUGCAGGUGUUCAAAUUAGUAAACAGGAUUUGCAAUGGGCUUUCCCUGUUCUGCCAGUUCCUUUUUCCUCAACGCAUGUACGGAGGCCAUGGGAAUGAGCAACUGUUCUACCGAGGCUGGGUGCAGAUGACUGGAAUUCCCAUAAACUUGACCAUCGGCAUCCUGAAGUUGUAUGGCGUGGAUUCCGUCCGGGAACAUGAACUCGCUGAGAUCUUGAUCGAUUUCGUUCGCAUUCCGAUCAUUGCAGUUGCUUCUUGGUCCCUGCUCGACCAAUGGUACACCACGGGCCCAAACAACACGGGGCAUCCAUUCAGCGACCUGUACGAGAGCCUGUCCAGAGCCGGCCAGACACCCUGCGCGGCGCUGCGGCUGGCACGCGGCAAGCUGCAGCGGGCGCGCGUACGGGCGAUGGAGGGCGCCGCGGCCGCAUCGCGCGUGGCGGAGGGCGCCGUCAGGACGGCCGUGUCCACAGGGCAGGUGGUCGCCGCGGUCCCAGUGAAGCUGGCCUCCGCGGCCUCCGCCACCUUCUCUCCGGUAGCUGGUUGCGGCAGGCCAGUCGCGGCAAACCCCGAGGGGGGCGCCCCCCUCGAGGGCCACCAGCCCGAGCCCGAGCCGUCUCUCACAGCGGUCGUGGGCGGGGACGACGCCGCCGCCGAGAGCUGUUCCCCGGUCAAGGCGCCGCGGUCGACGCCGCGGCCGCGGUCCACCACCCAGCGGGCCGCGCCCCCCCCGCUCGGCGCCCAGCCGCGGGGGACGCAGACGGCGCAGAGGGUGGAGAAUGAGACGAGGCCGGACCGCUGGCACUGCUUCCCGGCCAGGAUCGCGUGCCAUUUCGAGUGCUGGAUGUGAGGCGAUGUCUCGGACGGCUGACCGAGGCCUGUGUCUCUCACUGCUCGCUCCCCCUAUCUCUUAUUCUCUCUCUUUCUCUCUUUCUAUCCUCGCUAUUCUCACACUAGUCUCUCUCUCUCUCUCUCUCUCAAGGCCCUCCAGCGCCCCUUCAGCCAUCCGAGCCCCAGGGUCGGAUAUGAUAUCGGACUGCUGGACCCCCAUGGCUGGAGCGGAGCAGGCACAGGAGGCGAUCGCUCCCCCCCGUCGGAGCCUCAGAAUCUGCACAGUGAAGGGAGUGGAGGUGCAGCUGUCCCUCGCUUCACGGGUGGCGAUCGCCCGCUGCUAGGCCCCAACAAGACCGUCUUGUUUUUCCCCACCCUGAAUCACAAGAAUCGCAGGGGCCUCAAUAAAAAUGCCAAAUGAGGAUACAGCUACAAGACCAUGUUGGUGGUCUUGGAGGCAUCUUAAAACGGUCUUGGAGGCCGUCUUGCGGCUAUCUUGGGCUCUCUUGGGGCCAUCUUGGCCGUCUUGGAGGCCAUUUUGGCCGUCUUG